AUGGAGCGGUACCAGAAGCUCGAGAAGAUUGGCGAAGGCACUUAUGGCGUCGUGUACAAGGCCAAAGACCGCGUCACGGGUGAAGUGAUAGCGCUCAAGAAGAUCCGAUUGGAAGCCGAGGACGAAGGCAUUCCCAGCACUGCCAUUCGCGAGAUUUCGCUGCUCAAGGAGCUGCAGCACUGCAACAUUGUGCGCUUGUACAAUAUUGUACAUACAGAGCGGAAACUUACGCUCGUGUUCGAGUACUUGGACCAAGAUUUGAAAAAGUACUUGGACGUGUGCGAGAAGGGUCUGGAGAAGCCGAUUCUCAAGUCAUUUUUGUACCAGCUACUGCGUGGUAUUGCCUAUUGCCACCAACACCGAGUCCUGCAUCGCGAUCUGAAACCACAGAACUUGCUGAUCAAUCGCGAAGGAGAACUGAAGCUGGGUGAUUUUGGUCUGGCACGGGCAUUUGGCAUUCCAGUGAGAAGUUACACGCACGAAGUCGUGACGCUUUGGUACCGUGCACCUGAUGUGCUCAUGGGAUCACGGAAAUACUCGACGCCGGUUGACAUUUGGAGUGUGGGCUGCAUCUUUGCCGAGAUGGCCAACGGUGGCCCGCUAUUCGCAGGCACAUCGGAAGCUGACCAGCUUGAUCGCAUCUUUCGCCUGAUGGGCACGCCUACUGUUGAGAUCUAUCCAGCCAUUGUGGACCUCCCGGACUAUCGGCGAGAUUUUCCUGUGUAUCCUACACCGAACAGCUUGGCUCACCUCGUGCCUACACUGGACGAGGACGGUGUGGAUCUGCUCGAACAGAUGCUGCAGUACGAUCCAGCAAAGCGCAUCACUGCGGCUGAUGCUAUGCUCCACCCAUAUUUUAGCGACUUGUCUCCAGCGCUUACUGAGAAUCGAUAA